GACGUCAAGCCGCCGCCUCUCUUCACUGGUCGAGCGCGUGGUGGCAGUGUCUGGGUUUUAGUGGGUUGUACUCUUCAAGCCCAUUCAGAUGCUGCGUGUGCUGGGCAAGGCAGCGGGCCGCCUGCUGGCCGGCGAGGCGUCGGCCAGCGGCCAGACGGCCCGGGCCAUCGGCACCUACGUCAUCCCCGACCAUCUGGCGACGAUCCCGGAGCAGGAGGACCCCGAGUUCUUCGAGAUGGUGGAGUACUUCUUCCACCGCGGCUGCCAGCUGGUGGAGCCGCAUCUCGUCGACACGAUGAAGUCGCGCGUCUCGCGGGAUGACAAGGCGCUCAAGGUGCGCGGCAUCCUGCAGAUGAUGGAGCCGUGCCAUCACGUCAUCGAGAUCUGCUUCCCGCUGAAGAAGGACGACGGCAGCUUCGAGAUGAUCACCGGCUAUCGGUCGCAGCACUCGCAGCACCGCGUGCCCACCAAGGGAGGUAUCCGGUACUCGAUGGACGUGUGCACAGACGAGGUCAAGGCGCUCUCGGCCCUGAUGACCUUCAAGUGCGCCUGCGUGGAUGUGCCGUUCGGCGGAGCGAAGGCCGGUAUCCGCAUCGACCCGUUCAAGUACUCCGAGCACGAGCUGGAGAAGAUCACGCGUCGCUUCACCCUGGAGCUGGCCAAGAAGGGCUUCAUCGGGCCCGGCAUCGACGUGCCCGCGCCGGACAUGGGCACCGGCGAGCGCGAGAUGGCCUGGAUCGCCGACACCUACCAAAAGACGAUCGGUCAUCUGGACAUCAACGCGCACGCCUGCGUCACCGGCAAACCGAUCAACCAGGGCGGUAUCCACGGACGCGUGUCGGCCACAGGCCGCGGCGUGUUCCACGGACUGGAGAACUUCAUCAUGGAGGCCAACUACAUGUCGAUGAUCGGCCACACCCCCGGCUGGGGCGGCAAGACCUUCAUCAUCCAGGGCUUCGGUAACGUGGGCCUGCACACCAUGCGGUACCUGCACCGCGCCGGCGCCGUCUGCGUCGGCAUCAAGGAGGUCGACGGCUCCAUCUACAACGCGGACGGCAUGGACCCCAAGGAGCUGGAGGACUGGAAGCUGGAGCACGGCACCAUCAAGAACUUCCCCGGCGCCAAGCCGUACGAGGGCGAGGACCUGCUGUUCGAGAAGUGUGACAUCCUGGUGCCGGCCGCCAUCGAGAAGGCCAUCAAUCGCGCCAAUGCGCACAAGAUCCAGGCCAAGAUCAUCGGCGAGGCUGCCAACGGUCCGAUCACGCCAGCAGCGGACAAGAUCCUGCAGGAGAACGGCGUGCUGGUCAUCCCCGACCUGUACCUGAACGCCGGCGGUGUGACCGUGUCCUACUUCGAGUGGCUGAAGAACCUGAACCACGUCAGCUACGGCCGGCUGACGUUCAAGUACGAGAAGGACUCGAACCAUCACCUGCUCGAGUCUGUCCAGGAGUCGCUGGAGCGGCGGUUCGGCCGCGUCGGAGGCAAGAUCCCCAUCACGCCUUCAAACAGCUUCCAGAAGAGGAUCGCCGGCGCGUCCGAGAAGGACAUCGUUCACUCGGGUCUGGACUACACCAUGGAGCGCUCGGCUAGGGCCAUCAUGAGCACGGCCUCCAAGUAUAACCUGGGCCUGGACCUGCGCACCGCUGCCUACAUCAACUCCAUUCAGAAGAUCUUCACCACGUACGCCGAGGCGGGCUUCACCUUCACGUAAUGGCCUCCGCCGCCGCUCGCUUGUGUGCUAGGCGGUCGUGCACCUGUCUCGCCAGGUCGCUCCUAGUCUAGGAUAUGUGGUGGUCUUGUCUCGAUUUUAGACUCGUGUCUCACGGAGUUCGUGCCGGGUGGCGGCCGCGGGCAGGACGCGACGAAACGUUGCCAUGGCGACCGGACCCGAAACGCGUCCGAUGUUCCUUCUGAUUUUUUGUUUGUCGGGGCGUCGCCCCGGGUCGCCAGCCAAGAAUAAUGUUUCCCGGCCUGCGCGGUCUAUAAAUCUGUUUUAUAUCUGCGUGCUGGGUGUGGUGCCGGCGCCCGAGCCUGUCGGCCGCGCCUUCUGACUGCAGCGAGAUCACGUCCACCGCUUGCUGCCGCCUCUAUCAUUACUUACUGUGACUUGUCUGUAUGGAUUACGGAAAUAUAACCGCACGGGUA